AUGCUCCUCAUCAAAACUAACAAUAAAAUAAUCAUGGGAAACAGUCUAAAAACUAACUAUGGCUUGCUUGAUGCUGUCUCCAAAGGUGACAGCAUCAGUGCAGCCAAAUAUCUUCAAGCCGGUGCAAACCCAAACGCAAAAGAUUCAAAAGGCCGUUCAUGCCUACGAAUAGCUCUCGAGAAUGGAGACGUAGACUUAUUCCAAAUUUUCUUCAAUAUCGGUGCUGAAAUGCUGCCUCCCAUCAUCAACUCCACUCCCCUGCACAUUUCAGUCUCCCUAGGCCACUACAAACUGAGUCGCUAUUUCCUCAGAGACCAAAAGUCGUUUCCAAAUUAUAAAAACACAAGCGACAUGAAUGGGCAAACCCCUCUCCAUAUUGCAGCUUACAAAGGGAGCUCUGAGCUUGUCGCACUUUUGCUUAAAUAUAAUGCACAGCCUUAUCUCAGAGACAGAUUUAAUAAAACCCCAAGUGAUUUAGCAAUUGAGUCCAAAUCGCCUAUGGCUGACGAAAUAAUUGAGCAGUUAUCAAUGGAAGAUUUAAUAGUGAGGACUCCUAACACUGGCCGACAAGUAACCACAGAAUCUGAUUUAUUAACACAAAAUUCUAACCCUAAAAAAGACUCAACAUCUAAAAGCACGAUAGGGUCUUCCACGUUUGAGCAUGAAGAAUCUACGUUAAGUUUAUUAGAAGAAGCGCUAAGAGACACAAGAAUUCCAUUGAUCCGUAGCCAUGAAUUGGUAUUUGGGGAUCUUAUUAAUAGAGGAUCAUCUUGCCAAGUGUUUCGAGGCAAAUGGAGAGGAACUGAUGUAGCCAUUAAACAAUUCAAGCUUGAAUACAGCACUUCUCUUACUCCCCCCUCGUGAACGAAUAAAAAAAUUUUGUUCGGUCAAGGAGAGGGUUAAUUUUUUUUUUAAAAAUUUAUAUAUAAAAUUUUAUAGUAAUUUUUUUUCGAAAUUUAAAAAUAUCCCAGUUGGAAAGCAAAUAUUAAUUUAAUUUGUAAAAUUCAUCUUAUAAAAUUCAAGUUGAUUAAAUUAAACACUAUUAGCUAGAGAUUUCAUUAUAAAAAAAUAUCAAUUAUAUAUCAAAUAUUUUUUAUAAAAAGGGUUUUUGGGCAAAAAAUAGGGAAUUUUCCAAUGGCUUGUUCGCUCUUGGAGGGGGAAAGUUAAAGAAAUGCAGAAAUUUGUAAAAGAAAUGCAAAUUCUUGAUCAGGUCAGACACCCACACUUGAUCCUACUCAUGGGAAUUUGUGUAGAUAAGCCGAAUUUUUGUUUAGUUUCUGAACUCGUGCCGAAUUGUUCACUGUUUCAAGCGUUACAUAAAAAGAAGGAUAAGCAGCUAACAUUAAGUGAAAGACUUCAGAUUGCGAUACAGAUCACUCAAGGUAUUGCAUAUUUGCACACAAAUGAUCCUCCUAUUCUGCAUAGGGAUUUAAAGCCUGAAAAUGUUUUGGUAAGUUUUAUUUAGCUUGACGACGCCUAUAACGUGAAAAUCGCGGAUUUUGGGCUUGCAAGGCCGCUGACGUGUUUUAGGGGCGAAGACUCACAGACAACGCUGUGCAUUGGGACGACAAGAUUUAUGGCACCUGAGCUUUUUGAUAAAGACCAGCUGCAUGAAAUUGGGGUUGAAGUAGAUAUUUGGUCCUUAGGAUGCAUUUUUAUUGAACUUUUCAGUAAUAAGCGACCUUGGAACUACAUUUCUAGUUCGAACGCAAAUUGUAUUUAUUAUGAAAUUUUCCAGAAAAAACCUAUUCCUAUUCCGAGUGUUAUACCUGACGCGAUCAGGGAUAUUAUUACAAAUUGCUGUAGCUAUAUUCCUGAGAAGAGAAUGAAUGCUUCUCAAAUACUUGAAAAGCUGAAUGAACUGAAAUCUACUUUGUAG